AAGACACAAAUAUCUCACAGAAUAUCAUUAUAUUCCGUAUAUUACAGGAAUCGUGUGUUGGAUAUAACGGAUGGCAUCCAUGAUAUGGGAAGUCUACGGUGGGAACUACUGAUAUGCCUGGCAGUGGCCUGGCUGUUGGUGUACGGGGUCAUCUGGAAAGGGUUGCACCAAUCGGGCAAAAUCAUCUGGUUCACCGCUACCUUUCCCUACCUCAUACUAUUCAUACUGUUUAUACGCGGGGUUACUCUGGAGGGCGCCAAAGAUGGGAUAUUAUUUUAUUUAAAACCCGAUUGGAAUCGACUAAUGGAGGCUAAGGUGUGGGUAUCGGCGGGCACUCAAGUGCUAUUCUCCUAUGGCAUAGGCAUCGGCGCCAACAUUGCUCUUGGUAGUUAUAACCGUUACCAUCAUAACUUUUACAGAUCAAAGCUCUUCGUGUACUCCAGAAAGUGUUGGGUUUGGGAAGAAUUGUCUCCAGAAUUGGCAUUCAUUAAGUCGAGGACCACUUUUGAGAUUUGA